AUGACUUGUGUACACGAUGCGACAAUAAAACAGUACACUACUGAACAAAAUCAAGAGAAAAAAGAGAAACAACGUGUUACUCGAUACUUAGUAGAAGUUGAAACUAUUCGUAACAUUCGUAAACGAACAUUUUCUCAUUGGCCACAUAAAAUUCCGUCAAAAUCACAAAUAAUUGAAGCAGGAUUUUUUUAUUGUAACGUUGGUGACAGAGUUAUUUGUAUCUAUUGCAAUAUUAUCUGUCAACAAUGGACAUCUCACAGUGAUGAUCCAAUAGAAAUUCAUAAAAUUUUAUCUCCUAAUUGUCCCUAUGUCAGAUCAAUGUUAAAAAGAAGUAUCUCAGCGAACAAUAUUCGUAUUCUAAAUGAAAUUGAUCAAAAAUCCUCGCAAACUACAGCCAUUAUUAACAGUAGUAAUACUACUCCGAUGAAAACAAACAAUAAUAAUAUGAUUAAUUCGAAGGAAAUUGUUUUAACAGCAGCUAGUAAUCAACAAUUUACAGAAUUACCUAAACGUACAGCAUCGUUCAUUACUUGGCCAACUGAAUCCUUACCAUCUGUCGAUGAUUUAGUCAAAUCAGGCUUCUUCUAUACGGGAAACAAAACAAUUGUGACAUGUUUUUAUUGCAACGGUUCUCUACAGAAUUGGGGACCAAAUGAUAAUCCAAUGAUUGAACAUAGUCGAUGGUUUCCUCAUUGUGCUUAUGCUAGACAACUUUGUGGAGAUGAUCUGUAUAGAAAGAUUCAAGAAACAAAACGAAUAGCGCAAGAACGACUGCGAGCCAAUGAACAACGAUCAGAACGGUUUUCUGUAUCAAACACUCAUGAAAAUUCAAACAACACCGACAAUAGUUCACCAAUGAAUAGUGAAAUUGUUCUAAAUAAUAAAGAAUUACAGCUACCAGAUGAAAAUACAUUAUCAAGAUUAGUCGCUGCUCGGUUAGACUUACCCAUUUCACAAAAUUUAUUAAAAAAAUUUAAAUUGUCAAUUAUAAAACGUUGCUAUGAAGAUCAAUUACGUCUAAAACAUAAUGAUUUUGUUAGUGAUUGUGAUUUGUUAAUGGCAUGCAAUAUACUUCAGAAACAGAUUGAACACAUUGAUGGUAAGAAAGAAAAUAUCAUCAUACCAAGCGUACAUAUGAAAACAUUACGAGAACAAGCAGAAAAAGAACGAAUAGAAAAAGAAACAGUUGAACAAAAUUUACAUCUCUCAAAUUCACCACGAAUCGAAUUUUCAUCAAUAAGCUCAUCCUCAAAUUCGUCUUGUAAUGAAGAUACUAAUAUGACAUCAGUGAUCGAUGAAAUGUGUACAUCAACUUCUUCGAUAUCGUCAAUGGAAUCAAAUGCUUCUGUAAAAUCUGACAAAAAAUCAAAACCGAAACAAAAUCCUCAAAUGAAAGUAUCAAAUCCUUGUGUACUUUGUUUGACUGAUGAAAGACGAUUAGCUUCUAUACCUUGUGGACAUUUAGUAACAUGCGUACCCUGCGGUCAUUCUCUUCGAACAUGUCCCAUUUGUAGAAGAAGUAUUGAAGCUUUUGUCCGCGUAUAUAUUUAA